UGAAAACCCGCGUUGGCUUGGCACGGUGAACCCGCAGCUGUGGUCAGUGAUCGAGCCAUAAACUCAGCUCCACUCUCGUCUUCAAUCUUUCACAGACCUCGCCUUCUUCGCCGAAAUGUCGAAUCUGAGUCUCCUCCGGAAGGAAUUUGGAUCCCACUUCCUUUCUCGUGCGCCAAGGACAAGCCAUGGCUUCCCUGUCUUCUUCCGGGAAUCUCCUACAAUUAGAUUGUUCUCGACGGAAGCGGAACAACCACCUUCGGAACCGCCCGCCGAUUCUUUCCUUGAUACAUCGAAAACAGGUUUGGUUUAUGGAAAAUUGUAUGGAAUUACAAGGAAUACACUAAAGACGGACAUUGUCAAUUUGCUUGAAGGAUGUAAUUUGGGUUUGGAUGAUGUCAAAGUUGAUUACAAUCGGAGUUUCACACCCACCUCUAUGAUGAUGCAGUUCCCCUCCCGACAGGCUUAUGAUAAUGCUAUUCGAGUGAUUGGGAGAAAAGGUCGCUUGUACAGAUUGGAGCGGGCUGAUCGUUCACAGUGGGACCUUCUUUCACCUUACAAUGGAAAAACUGUCCUUCUGCAAGGACUUCCUCGAAAUGCAAUGCAAGAAGAUGUAGAACGCUUCCUAUCUGGCUGUAACUACGAUGCAACCUCAAUCAAUAUGUUUUUCAGGGCAUCAGUUCCAGAACCCAUGAGAAUGGCAACAGUGCUAUUCCCUUCACCAACACAAGCAAUGCAUGCAUUCCUUACAAAGAACAGAGGCUUUUGUCUGAACAACCAAAUUUUGAUGCGGGUUCUCCAAUAAUUAGUAACCGUUAUCGACUGUAUUCCGCUCAUAUUUUAUGUUGGCUCAAUGGCUGGGCAUUUUGUGGUAGCCUUUUGACUUGCAUCUCCAUAUCUUAAGCCUCCAGGUAGCAGUCACAUUGAUUUAAAGUGACCUGAAAUCUUUCUUUUUCACAAAGUUAGCAGUUUGCUUGGGCUAAAGAACUGCAUUUGUAAGGAAGGAUAUUUGGAUCUUGAAUUUUUAUGAAAAUAAGGUUGUUGAAGUAUUUUGUUUUUUA